CACAGCUGCGUUGCCAUGGAGAGUAGCCGUUCACCUGCGCAGCGCACCAGGGGCGGAGCGGCGCUUAUGAAGAGCGUGUCUCUGUUCGUGACGAGUGGACGCAAAGCGUCGGCAGCUGCAGCCUGGAAAAGAAGGGUGAGCCAGCGUCAGGACGGCGGCGAGAGGAUGGCCGAGGAAAAACUGGAGAGAAACACACAUUUUACCAGGCAAGAGAUUGAAGCUCUGGUGCGCGUGUACCAGAAGCUUGUGGUGAGGAACGGAAGCCCGGCCGUCGGACAAACAUCUCCCACGGCUGCCCACGAGGUAGGUACAUAUACGAGGGUUACUUCAAAAGUCAUGACAACUAAUUUUUGGGGGGCAACGUUCAAAAUCUCGCGCCGAACUGCAAACUGCCUAAUGAAGCAGCCGGGCGAUGACGAACCGGAUGAAGGUGUAAGGGAUCUGGUGGAACUGGUUCUUCGCAAGUUAGACAAAGAUCGAGACGGCAAGAUUUCGUUCCUAGACUUCCAGACGGCCUUGAUGGAAGAAUCAUUGCUAAUGGAAGCAUUUGGCCAAUGUCUGCCUACAGACAGGGCUUGUAGAAGCUUCAUGACCACUCUUUGUUCAUAA